AUGGGUAGCAGUUGGAACCCCUUUUCCACGGGCUCGCCCUCACGACGCUCAUCAUCCUACCGCCCCGGCUACGCUUCCUCAUCCUACUCUUCAUCCUCGCGCCACCACAGCUCAACAUCGCGGUACAAGCGCUCACCCCGCGACUCGUACAUGCAACACCUCUACAAAAAACUACAACAUUUUCUCCGAGAAAUUUGGCGCUACGCUCAACGCCAUCCCUACAAAGUCUUCUUCAUGGUCAUCAUGCCGCUCGUCUCUGGCGGUGUCCUCCAUAAACUUGCUCGCCAGUUCGGUGUCAACCUACCCGAGAUGGGUGGACAGGGAGCAAGAGGCGGGUACUCGGGCUCCGGUCACCACAGCAGCAGUGGAGGUGCCAGUGGCGGCUACUACGGUAGUCAGGGAUAUGGCAUGGAAAGCAGCCGAAGCGGCCCGAGUAAUGGUGGCGGAGGCAUGAUGGCCGGACUCGGCAAUAUCGACAUGCAGAGUGUAGCAGGCGGAAUCGGUGGGCUGGCUAACUUGGCGAGUAUGGCAAGCAAGUUCAUGUAA